CAUGGCAAUAACAGAUAAAUGUAAACACACACCAUUGUAUAUAUAUGUGUGUGUGUGUGUGUGAGUGUAUUUGUGUGGCUGCACUUGAUUAGCAAAAUUUAGUCAUGAUAAAUGUAUCGCUACACUCGACAUGGCCAUUCAGUUGAAACUUUUGGGUCCAUCAUACGCCCAAAUGCACCUACCAAAAAAAAAAAAGAGACAGCGAGAGAGAGAGAGAUAGAGAGGAAGAGAGUUGGUGAUUGAGCGAGAUAGUGAAAUAGAGAGGCUGCUGUCCGUGGUUAUUUUGGUCAUAAAAUGAGUUUCACGUAGCUCUGGCACGUUGAAAACUUUUUAAAUAAGUUCAAGUUAAAGUUCGAACGAGAGUUCAAAUUCAGGCUCGUAAAGUUGCGGGCGCUGGAAAGUGUGCUGCACAAAUUGUGCUUGCAAUGUUGCCAAUUGCUGAGCUAUAAAAAGUGUGUCGCAACAACAAUCAAACAAACAACAGCAACAGCGUCAGCGACAACAACUUCGUAUAAUGUUAAAUUUGAUUGCAACUAUUUGAGUGCUUACAGAGGGAAUAACAACAACAAUAACAACUUCCAGAGCCAGUCAACGAUAACGGAACGAUAAACGAUUAACGAUCCACGCAACAGUGAGAAUAAUGUCGCUGCAGCCAAGCGUUCAGUCGGCCAAAUGCCCAAUGGAUGUCGGCGCGGGACAGCAGCACAAAGAGAAGCAGCAACAGUCGCAGUCGCAGCCGCAGUCGCUGCCGCCGCAGCCGCAGUCGCCACAGCAAAAGCCAGCGCAACGACAACGUCGCUCAAUGCAACUGCUGCCGGUCAUGUUGAUGUUGCUGCUGCUGACGCUGCUCACGCGGCCGCUGAGCGUUCACUCAAAUCGUCUCUCGGACACAAAGCUACAUGAGAUCUUUCUGGAUGACAAGGAAAUCAAGCUGAGCUGGAUGGUUGACUGGUAUAAGCAGGAGGUGCUUUUCCAUUUGCAGAAUGCGUUCAAUGAGCAGCAUCGUUGGUUCUAUUUGGGCUUUUCGAAACGUGGCGGCUUGGCCGAUGCAGAUAUUUGUUUCUUUGAGAAUCAGAAUGGCUUCUUCAAUGUGGUCACCGACACCUACACCAGCCCCGAUGGUCAUUGGGUGCGUAAGGACUAUCAGCAGGACUGCGAGGUCUUCAAAAUGGACGAAUUCACGCUGGCCUUCAAGCGCAAGUUCGAUACCUGCGACCCGCUCGAUCUGCGAUUGCAUGAGGGCACCAUGUACGUGGUAUGGGCACGCGGCGAAUCGGAGCUCGCUCUGGAGGAUCAUCAGUUCGCGUUGCCCAAUGUGACGGCUCCACACGAGGCGGGUCUGAAGAUGUUGCAGCUACUGCGCGCCGACAAGAUCCUCAUUCCCGAAACCGACUUGGCGCAAAUCGAAAUCACGCUGGAGCAAGCGCCGGUGCCCAGUCAAGAGACCACUUACUGGUGCCAUGUGCAGCGUUUGGACGACUUUGUCAAGAAUCGCAUGCAUAUCGUGCAGUUCGAGCCAAUCAUCAAGUCGCCCGGCAUUGUGCAUCACAUGGAGAUCUUCCACUGCGAAACGGACGAGCACGCUGAGAUUCCACUCUACAACGGCGACUGCGAACAGCUGCCCCCGGCAGCCAAGGUCUGCUCCAAGGUAAUGGCACUGUGGGCCAUGGGCGCCAGCACCUUUACGUAUCCACCAGAGGCCGGCCUGCCAAUCGGUGGCUCCGGCUUCAAUCCCUACGUGCGGCUCGAGGUGCACUUCAAUAAUCCAGAGCUACUGGAGGGUCUGAUGGACAACUCUGGAUUUCGCAUUAAAUUAUCGAAGACGCUGCGGCAAUACGAUGCUGGCGUCAUGGAAUUGGGUCUCGAGUAUACGGACAAAAUGGCGAUACCGCCUGGCCAGACGGCCUUCCCACUGAGUGGCUACUGUGUGGCGGACUGUACACGGGCCGCAUUGCCAAAGACGGGCAUCAUUAUAUUUGGAUCGCAGCUGCAUACGCAUUUGCGCGGCGUUCGCAUCCUGACCAGACACUUCCGGGGCGAACAGGAGCUGCGGGAGAUAAAUCGCGAUGAUUACUAUUCGCAUCACUUCCAGGAGAUGCGCACGCUGCACUACAAGCCCCGCGUCCUGCCGGGCGAUGCAUUGGUCACCACCUGCUAUUAUAAUACGCUUGGCACUGCGAAUGUCACUCUUGGCGGCUUCUCCAUUAGCGAUGAGAUGUGCGUCAACUAUAUACACUACUAUCCGGCCACCAAGCUGGAGGUGUGCAAGAGCUCUGUUUCGGAGGAGACACUCGAGGAUUAUUUUAUCUAUAUGAAGCGCAAGGAGCAUCAGCAUGGCAUACACUUGAACGGAGCACGUUCGGCGAAUUAUCGGACUAUCGAAUGGACCCAGCCGCAUGUGGACCAAUUAUAUACGAUGUACAUUCAGGAGCCGCUCAGCAUGCAGUGCAACCGAUCCGAUGGCCAGCGCUUUGAGGGGCGCAAUUGGGAGGGCGUGCCACCGACGCCAGUCCAAAUCAAAAUACCCAUUCAUCGCAAGCUCUGCCCCAACUACAACCCGCUCUGGCUGAAGCCCCUGGAGAAGGGCGACUGCGAUUUGCUAGGCGAGUGCAUCUACUAGGCAAUGAGCAGUGAGCACGGCGGACGGAUACGGAAUUCCAAUUACGUAUUUCGGCGAUGGGGGCGGGGCAUGCACAUGGCACGCACACACACACACACACACACACACUCGCACGCACACACACACUCAACACAUACACAUGCGAUUACAAAUGGCAUGCUUUUGGCAGCGGGUUUGUAAGGUUCUCUCUAAAUGUUUUCAUUUGUUUUCUUGUUGUUCUUUUUUUACAUUUUUGUUCAGGUUUAUAUAGUAGUAUAUGAUGAUUGUCAUCAAGAACAUCAAUAUCAACGCUUAUUGUCAAUUGAAAUGGCAAAGACAAAAGGCUGGCGGGUGGACUUUGGCAGGGGGCAGGGGCAGAGGCAGAGGGCAAGGGGGCGGUGCGGGUACGUCGUCGGGUGUUUGGCAACAAAAAACUUUCUUUAAAUAACUAAUGAAUUGUUGGCCUUUGAAAUUUGCCGACCGAGCUGCUGGCCCCGGCUUGAACCGGCAAACGACACAAAGGGAAAAUGUUAAAGAAAUGUGGCAAAAAGAAAAGAAACGAGAAGAGAA